AUGUUGCUGAGGCCUUGAGCACAGUCCCAGUUUGAUCGUUCAAUCAACAUGAUGAAGUUCUUCGUUGCCGUUUGCCUGCUCUUCACUUUGGCCUCAGCCGAGUAUGUCGUCAAGACCAAGGAAAAUAUGUUGAGCUAUCGUGAGGAGUGCGUCAAGGAGCUGGGUGUGUCCGCCGAUCUCGUCGAGCAGUAUCAGAAAUGGCAAUAUCCCAAUGAUGCCAAGACCCAGUGCUAUCUGAAGUGCGUCUUCACCAAGUUCGGUCUCUUCGAUGUCGACUCCGGCUUCGAUGUGGAGAAAAUUCACAUUCAACUGUCGCGCGGUGCUGCUGAUCACGACGAUGAGUUGCACGGCAAGAUUGCCGAAUGUGUGGACAAGAACGAGCAGGGCUCAAACGCCUGUGAAUGGGCUUGGCGUGGUGCCGACUGCCUGCUGAAGAGCCACCUUCAAUUGAUUAAGCAGAGCCUGGCCUAAACUACUAUACUUAAGUUAAAUUAGCUUUCAUCUAACCAUCAAUUACAUCAAUUGUGCCUCGAGUGCAUUAAUAAAACAAUCAAUAGUUUUCCACUUA